AAGGAGAAUAAGAGGGUUAACUUUGUUUCUGGAGUAAUUGGUACCUAUUCCGAGUUAGUCCAAUGAUGUGUUAGAACUGUCACUGUGUCAAGUAUCCUUCUGUUGCUAGACCUGGUUGAUCUUGGCUUUUGGUUUGGCUUGUAGGUGAUGUGUUAAAAACUUAAAAUUUUGGGGUGUGGGAGCUGUACGUUGAAAAAAAUGAGGGAGUUGCAACCUGUGCUUUUAGGUGUUGUCGUCUACUGAUCUCAGAUUCUCAGUGGUUGAAUUGGUGUUGUCAGACCCAAUGAAUCUUAUCAGAUCGACCUGGCAAAAUGAAUUUCCAUCUUUUUACACUUUCAUUAUGUUUCCAAGGUGUAUACAAGUGAUGGUUUAUAUCAUGGGAUUGUCGGGAGGACGACCUAUCUUAUGUGUGCCAUGGUUACUUGUCUUGCUGUUUAUGAUUUCUGGUUAUUGAAGGCGUAUGGUUAUCAUUUUAUAGGAUUGAAAUGGCUAAAUGCCAAAACCGAGGAUGGAAAACAUGAGCUGAAGCUGAAGUACCUUGACCCAGUGCAAAUGUCCGGUUUGGACAAAUAUCUAGCAAGACAGUUUUGGUGGACUCUCUGUUUCAUGUGUGUCAUUUGGUUUGGGCUAGGGUUAUAUUGUUGCAUUAUGGGUCGAGUUGGGCAAGUUAUUGUUGCUGGGUUUUCCCUUGGACUUUAUCUUACAAAUUUUGUUGGAUUCUGCCUCUGCCAUCAAGCAAUGAAAGAAGCAUCUGCUGUGAAGAAAAGGUCGUAGGAUACUCUUUUGGAUUGGUUUGUUUGGUGUUUGGUUACUUCUGUUUACAUGGACCCUCAUAAACCUCAACAACAAGAGCUGUGGAAUCCAGUUUCGAAUUUGAAUACUUCUAGCUUUGAGCCUUGGAUCAUUCUAACAGACUGUAACUGCAUUUUAAACUUAAUUGAGAAAAAGGGAGGUUUACAGGUUACUAAUUGAUAU